CGGGGGAAGGAAGAAUUAACGGUUGGACAAAUUCCGGAUACCGCUGCUAUGGCCGAGUCUCAGCUUCUGUGCAUGGACGAAGAUCAUGUCAACGAAAAGAUACCCGAAUCCAAAGCAGAAUUCUACUAUUGCGAGGAGCAGCGAGCCGCGCUCGAGCAACUAUUGAAGAACGGUGAUGGCGCGUUCAAGAUGCGAUUGAAAGAGGACAACGUCAGAGACUUUCUAUCCGCCCGGGAGAUUAAAUGGAUUCGAAAAACUUUGGAUGAAUAUGAUUCCGAUAGUGAGUCCGAGAAGGGCGAAUACGAAAAGGCUCAGGAGUCCAAUGCAGACUCGGGGGUCCACUCCACAUACUGGCCUCAGAUGUCGGACACGGAUGUCCCGCCGCUUGACAUCGGCUGGCCAGGCAGCACUAGUUUCUAUAAAGGUGUUACUCGAGUAUCCGUUCACACGCACCCACCCAAAAACAAGGGGCCCCAUAUAAAAGAGGUUGUCAGGAGACUCAUUCAAGAAUCUAACAAGGUAGUAGCCGUGGUCAUGGACCACCUUACAGACCUGCAGAUCCUUCAGGACCUAUUGGACGCAGCACAGAGACGAGGGGUGGCUGUGUACAUCAUACUGGAGGCUCGUGGUAUGCCCCACUUCCUGGAUAUGUGCACUCGUUUACAGAUCACUGCUCUGCAUCUACGGAACCUGCGUGUGCGAACGGUGAAAGGUUCUGGGCUGGCCCUGUCAUUUGGCAGGCUGCCCGGCUCUCUGUGCUCCAAAUACAUGCUGGUGGACGGAGAAAAGGUUAUGUUUGGCUCUUACAGCUUCACAUGGAGCUCCUCUAGGAUGGACAGGAACACCAUCACAGUAAUGUCUGGGCAGGUGGUGGACUUCUUCGACAAUGACUUCAGGGAAAUGUAUGCUGUAUCUGAGAAUGUGGACCUUUACAAGGAGUUCCACAUAACCAAGCCUCCCAUGCCUGCGCCGGUACGGAAGGUGGUGGUCCCCAAGCCCCUGUUGAUAUCCACCUCCCGUUUCCAGGUGUCUCUAGGGGACUCUCGGGGGCAGGCUGACCAGAGGGUGCCUGCACAUAAAUACCACAACCCUAAGUAUUCUCUGGUGGUGGGGAACAGUCUCGGGCUCACUGGGUCCUUACAGGACCUCUCCACACUCAGAGACUCACUGGGCGGUGGACUCGAACGGAACGGACUGUCGACGCUACUCCAUGCCAAAGGGGGCAGUAGUGUGGAACUGGACAUGGUCACUGUGAAGUCCCCCAGUUCUCCUGUGGAGGAUGAGGAGGAUGGGAAGGGAGGUUCGCUGAAGCGUCAGGUCUUAGGUGGAAAGAAACAACGCAGUUCUUUCAGGCUCUUCCUGAAAGGCAGAGGAUCCAAUCACAACAGUGAGACUAUAGAGGAGGAUGGGGCCACUCCUUCAAACCCCUCUUCCACUCGCCCAAACCCCUCCCCUAGCCGCCCAACCCCCACCCCUAGCCACCCAACUCCCUCCCCUAGCUGCCCAACCCCCUCCCUUGCCCAUCGAACCCCCUCCCCUACCCACCCAACACUCUCCCCUACCCGCCCAAACCCCUCCCCUACCCACUUAACACCCUCCCCUACCCGCUCAAACCCCUCCGCGACCCAACAAAACCCCUCCUCUACCCACUCAACACCCUCCCCUACCCACCCAACCCUCUCCCCUACCCACCCAAACCCCUCCCCUACCCACUCAACACCCUCCCCUACCCGCCCAAACCCGUCCUCUACCCGCAAAGUCUCAGAGACGAAUAGCACUGCCACUGGUGACUCAUUUGAGAUGGUAGAGAAACCGUCCCUGUUGAAAUUUAAGAACAAAAAGCCUUCAAAAUUGCCUCAAAGAAGUAUGUCUCUAAUGACCCUCAACAAAGGAGAGGAUGGCGGAAAGGGACACAAGAAGCCUUCCAAGAGGAACUGCAUCCAGUCCUGAGAUGAAGAGAGGGAGGACAGGAUCAGCUGGGAGAGACAGAGCCAGAGGACAUUUUGAAGUAAUUGCCCGUAUCAGAUGCAGUAUUAGAUGGAGUAUAUUAAUGACAUGCCAUGGCAGGAGUAUAGUAAUGACAUGUCAUGGCAGGAGCAUAGUAAUGACAUGUCAUGGCAGGAGUAUAGUAAUGACAUGUCAUGGCUGGAGUAUAGUAAUUACAUGUCAUGGCAGGAGUAUAUUAAUGACAUGUCAUGGCAGGAGUAUAGUAAUUACAUGUCAUGGCAGGAGUAUAGUGAUGACAUGUCAUGGCAGGAGUAUAGUAAUGACAUGUCAUGGCAGGAGCAUAGUAAUGACAUGUCAUGGCAGGAGUAUAGUAAUGACAUGUCAUGGCUGGAGUAUAGUAAUUACAUGUCAUGGCAGGAGUAUAGUGAUUACAUGUCAUGGCAGGAGUAUAGUAAUGACAUGUCAUGGCAAGAGUAUGGUGCUUAGAUGUCAUGGCAGGAGUAUAGUGAUAACAUGUCAUGGCAGGAGUAUAGUAAUUACAUGCCAUAGCAGGAGUAUAGUAAUUACAUGUCAUGGCAGGAGUAUAGUAAUUACAUGUGCUGCUCAUUCUAUGUGCUACUAUAAUGUUCCUUAGUGAGACUUGGUGUGAGACUGUGUGGACCGCCACUGCCUUAUCAGUUAGAGUAGUGAGAGUCUUCAAUGCCAGACCCACUUCCUUUAAUAUGAGCCUAAUGUUGUUGUUUAGCAGGAGUGAUCUGAUGCCACAUACCAGUGAGUGUCUCCUGAGUCCUGCCCGUCUCAGAUGGCAUUCACCACCUGUGUCAGGGAAAUGCCAAUACAGACUUGAUCGGUCAGUCAUUCGAUGCUUGAAAACUGAUCUUAUGUUACUGCUCACAUGUCAUAAGAAAUCAACAUGUUGUAUUGCUCUUCCCUGUAUCACUGUCAUUGAAACGGCUGCUUUUAAACCUAAAUAAAUGGAUGGCAUAAAACCACAUCUAUCCCAGGUAUAGAUGUAUUCUGAAUGUGUCUAUCCUUCAGGUUACUAUGGAGAAGGAAAAGUGAUCAGCUCUCUUCUCUCACACAAGGUAUCACCUUACCAAGGGCACUUUGUUAAAUUGUUAGUGGACUGGCCCUUAUCACUGGAGUGUGUAGUGUCUGAAGAAUGGAUGUUGUUUUCAGAUCAGACACCAAUCACACACUUCUGCUGUUAACAUGCAACAAUACAUUGUCUCUAAACCUAUGUGACAUUAUAAACAUGUCACUGAUCCAUGGCUAUAUCUGUCAUCUUAAUAAAAAAGAAACAAUAGGGACUAAGACAUAUUUUGCUUAUUUUUUAUGCAUAGCAAUUACAAAGAGCAAAGGACAUUUUCUCAUUGAAAUUAUAGUGUGAAGUCUUGUAUAUAAAAAUGCCAAAGAUGUAUGAGACCACACACACUUAAUGUAAUUGACUGACUUCCUAUCUCUGAGGUGUGACUGUUGUUUUAUAUGAAAUCAUAAUAUUAAAAACAACUUUUGUA